CCCCCCAGUGCAGCUAUGGUGUGUGUGGAGCAUGUACCACAACAACAAGCCAUUUCAGGCAGCCAGAGUCCCCUUCAAGAUUUGAUUGGUGAAGGCAUCUUGUGGGCUGUACCCAAGAAUCGUAGAAGCAGAGAGAAGAGGUUGACAAGGAAGUUUGGUUCAGAAACAGGACACAAGAAAAUGCUACCAGUAUUGAAACUGCUCACCUGUAACAACUGUGGCCAUGUUCAUGAACCUGGCCGUCUGUGUCCAAAUUGUUAUGGCAAAAUAAAGGAAGUGACAGAAGCUAUGCAGAAUGCCAUGAAUACCACACAAGGACUGAAGCCAAUUGAUGAUGUGUUUCCAGUCUUCAAAGGUGAAAAAAUCAACACUGAAGAUGGAUUCUUUGAGGUAUGUGCUGCCUAGUCUCACUUGGGAAUG